ACUAGACAGGUUCUUCACUGGAUUUUGUAUUGCUAAGUCAAGAGAGUGAAGAGACGCAGGAGGCUCAGCCACUGUAGGACAUAAAAGGUUUCUGUGGUGGAUCUGAUUAAGACAAAGCUAAAUUUCCAGCGAUGGGGUCAGAAAGUUUUGAUGUGGUCUCUAAGCUGUUGGAGGAUGCCAGAAAAUAUUCGAACAGCAUUGGUAGAGUCUGGAUUAUGGUGCUGUUUAUCUUCCGCAUCUUCGUCCUCAYRAYRGCMRCUAAAGAAGUGUGGCAAGAUGAGCAGUCCAAUUUCUUAUGUGACACCAAACAACCUGGUUGUCAACUUGGUUGCUACGACAAGACCUUCCCAGUUUCUCAUGUUCGCUUCUGGGUUAUGCAAAUYAUCUUUGUCUCCACACCAACGCUCGUUUAUUUGGGGUUUGUACUUCAGAAAGAACGCAUUGACAAAAAGAACAAACAAAAUAGUAACACSGAAGCUAAAAAGAAGAACCAAACCAGUCCCACCGAAGAUCAAAACAACACAGAAACCAAAACCACCGAACAUCAAAACCACCAAACUCCUAAUAAAGACUCGAACAGUGAGCCUGAAGGUGCAAUCUGGAAAAUGUACAUCGUUAAUGUAGUUUCUAAGAUUCUGUUGGAAAUAGCCUUCUUUAUAGCUCAGUACUACCUGUACGGAUUUGGCCUUCAGUCGAUGUACACCUGUGAACAAUGGCCCUGCCUUACCAAAGUGUUCUGCUACGUGUCCCGACCCACAGARAAAACAAUCUUCAUCAUUUUCAUGCUUCUAGUAGCUUUAAUAUCUCUGCUUCUCAAUGUGAUAGAGUUGGGCUACAUAUUUUGGAAGAAAAAAAUGAACGAUUCUUUAAGAAAAAGAUGGAGUCUAGCAGUUCACGUUAAUAGUCAGAUCAAUUUAUCCGAUCUUAAUUUGAGUGAGAUGGAUUCACUUGGUCAUAAAUCGAGUCAGAUCGAAUUACUCGAUCAUAAAUCGAGAAAUUUCAGCAAUAAGAUCUACGUGUAG